AUGCAAGUUCCUCCAGACCAGACGCAGGAAAAUGCAGGGGAGAGGUUAACCAGCAUUUUAAAUGCAUUUGGCUUUGAACAGUUGUCGAUGCCAGGGGAUGGAGACUGUUUUCUACAUUGCAUCUCUUUCAGUUUGAGCUCUCUUCUUACUAGAGAUAACUCCAACUUAGCCACUUACUUGAAAUCAAUCGGUAUCAGCAUAGAGAUACCUGACAAGGACAAAAUCAACGUUCUUAGGCGGUUGAUUGUGCAAGAAUUUAUGGGGCCUAAUCGGCAUGUUUACGAGCCAUUUCUGAUAACAAGCACCACUGAUUCAUAUGACGCAGAAGCUCAAAAGUUCCUUGAGUCGGGCCAUUAUGAUUCUGAAUUAGGAAACUGUGUUCCACUGGCGAUGAGCAAUAUCCUUCAAGUACCCUGGUUAUUUUUACCUCCAUGGAAAAUUAUCCCAUCACUCACGUAA